AAUAACAAUUAUUUCAACUACACAUACGAAGGUUAUAAACAUAGUGCGCUACUAUGAAUCCACUAACUAUAAUAUUAAAAUUAGUUCUAACCGUGUCUUUAUUUUGCACUUCUAGUUCAGUAGAAUACUUUAGCGAAAAUGAUAUUCCUGAAUUGAAAUAUUUAGAUGAUUCAGUGGACCCUUGUGAUAAUUUUUAUGACUUCGCAUGCGGAAACUUUAAACAUGUGUAUUCACCAUCAUCAACUACCAACAUCCUCGACCACUUCAGCCUUUUAGAAGAUGACUUGAUUCAAAUAGGCCAAGAUAUUCUAUCGUCCAGCAUACUCAAAGACGAUCCAAUAGCGGUCAAGAAGGCAAAAACUGCAUACAGGGCCUGUGUUAAUGUUGACUCCUACACUAAGCCUUAUGCACCUGAAAUGCGCACAGUCCAAGAAGUUGGAGGGAUGCCUUUAUUGUCUCCUUCUAACGAAACAGCAAAAUUUUCUUGGAACGAAAUUGGAGACUUGGUAGGGCAAUAUGGAAUACCAUUAAUUUUUACGUACACUGUGGGUCAAAUCAGUCAAAAUGAAAGUGCAAUUGCUAUAAGUACGGAUCCGUUGUCGAAUCCCAGUUUAUUAAGACCACAAUUUAACAAAAGUUAUGAUGCUGUGUUAGAACAAACUUUUCAAGAAGAAGCAAAGCGUCGAGUUACUAGAUCAACGAGUCCCGCUCCCUUCGAUGUGUUUUUGCAAACUUUAGCAAAGAAACUUUUAGAACACAGCAAUGCUACAAAAACUGAAGCAGAAAUGCUCUCUGAUCUAGACGACAUGGCUACUUUUAUGAGACAGCUCUAUGCUGGAGGGAUUAUCGAUGACGAUGUUUUACCUUUAAGUUCACCUGUGACUGUAAAAAAACUUCAAGACUGGACAGAUUUACAAUUUGCAGGAGAAGACAUAAUUAACUGGAUCGACUAUCUUAACACAAUAUUUAAAAUGUCGGGUGUUGAAAUCACAGAUGACACACAAAUCUAUCAACCAAAUGCUAAAUCAAUUUACGGAACUUUAAAUCUUGUUAAACAAACUGAUCCUAAAAUAGUGAAGAAUUUUGCUUUGUUGAGAAUUUUCCUUUUCCAAGCCCCAGACAGCGAUAGCAUCACACGGAAAGCAUUUGAGGAUUAUUACACAGCUAAAGGAUAUCAACUUUUUUCGAGACCAAAAUACUGUGCUAGAAAAAUUUUGGACGUUGUUGAUACUGCGAGCUUAAGUUAUGCUGUAACUUAUUCGUAUCAGAAAUAUCACUACAAUAUAAAUAAAAUUAAACAGGCCGCUGAGCUUGUACAACGUAUUGUAAAUACUUUUGAAGACACUUUAGAAGCUUCUGAGUGGAUGGAUACUGAGUCACGUUCUUCAGCUUUACAGAAAAUUAAAAACUUAUUAGUUCUUUUGGGUUAUCCCGACUUUGUCGAAGACACAACUGGUCUGGACGCAUUUUACGAAAACUUUAGAGUAUGUCAGUGGGACAACUACGGAAAUGCUCGAGUCAUACGUGCUUUUAAACAGGCAUAUCAAUUUAUGCAACUGAAACCAAAUCGACAGUUCUGGGGAAAAUCCACAUUUGACGCUAAUGCAUACUACAACAGACCCAAUAACAAAAUGGUUAUACCUAUUUCAAUGUUAAACCCUGUUUUCUUUUACGGCGAUAAAACUACUUUGGAUUACAGUCGCCUUGGCAGUAUAAUUGGCCACGAAAUUAGUCAUGGAUUUGACGCGAAUGGCAAAAAUUACGACGAAAAUGGAAUACUAGAAUCAUGGUGGACACAAGAAACAGUGGAUGCUUUCAACCAAGCAACUACUUGUUUUAAAGAUCAGUAUAGUCAGUAUUAUGUGUCGGAAAUACAAACUUAUAUCAACGGCUCCUACUCCCUCAAUGAAAAUUUAGCUGAUAAUGGUGGCGUACGACAAGCUUACAAAGCUUUCAAAAGAUUAACUGACCAACAAGAAAUUCAAACAACUGGAAAUUAUACUUUAGAUCAAUUAUUUUUCAUCGGUUACGCAACGAUGUGGUGUGGUCUUGAAUCUAAUUAUGCGUUGAACGUGUUAGUUUCCACACCAAAUGGUUAUCCACCCAAGGAAUACAGAGUGAUUGGAAGUUUGUCGAACAUGGAAGAGUUCUCUCAUGCAUUUAAUUGUCCGAUUGGAAGUAAUAUGAACCCAGAAAAUAAAUGUAUUUUGUGGUGACGAUUCCUUCACAUUAAAUAUCAUUAUUUGCUAUUGCUUAUUGUAAAUAACUUGUAAAUAGGCUGAUUUAAUUAAUUGUUGCCAAAACUUCAGACUGUAUGUAUAUAUCUAUGUAUUUGUUAAAAAUUAUACAUUUAAAAUUCGAGAAA